GCUAGCAGUAUUCUGCCGUAUAUAGCUGGCUAGGGUUAACGUCUGCGUUGAGCAAUCUUAUUAACGUUGUAUCGGACACACUGGGACAAUCGCAGAAGUUACGAAAACGGUGAAAGAGGGAUUAUGACUGCGACGCGUUUGCCAUCGGUAGACUGCAGCCAACCUAGCUAGCUAACUUGCGUUUGACAGCAAGCCUGUUCGUCUGAAGAGAAGACUGUUCGGACCCGCUAUCAAGAUGGGCUCAUUAUUCCGAAGUGAGGAUAUGUGUUUGGCCCAGUUGUUUUUGCAAGCCGGCUCGGCAUACGACUGUAUCAGCGAACUCGGAGAAAUGGGCCUCGUAGAGUUCAGAGACCUCAACCCCAACGUCAACUCCUUCCAGCGGAAAUUCGUCAGCGAAAUCAAAAGAUGCGAAGAAAUGGAGAGAAUCCUUGGAUAUCUUUUGAGGGAAAUAAAAAAAGCAGACAUCCCCCUGCCAGACGGAGAUGUGAACCCAGUUGCUCCUUCAACCAAGCACGUCAUGGGUAUAAUGGAGCAGCUGCAGCGUUUGGAAGUAGAGCUAAGUGAGGUCACCAGGAAUAAAGAGAAGCUGCAGAAGAAUUUGCUGGAGCUGACUGAGUACACACACAUGCUGCGCAUCACACGUAACUUUGUACAGCGAAGUACUGAGCGUGAGCCUCUACAGUUGCAGUAUGAGGAGUUUCCCUUCUUGGAGAAAGACACCAUGAUGGAUUACAACAGCAUGCAGAGACUUGGAGCCAAGCUUGGUUUUAUUUCGGGGUUGAUACAAAGAACCAAGAUCGAGGCCUUUGAACGGAUGCUUUGGAGAGUAUGUAAAGGCUACACCAUCCUCAGCUACUCAGAGGUUGAAGAGUAUCUCGAGGACCCUGAUACAGGGGAGCCUACAAAGAGUGUGGUCUUCCUGAUAUCGUAUUGGGGAGAGCAAAUUGGCCAGAAAGUCAAGAAGAUCUGUGACUGCUACCACUGUCAUCUGUAUCCAUAUCCCAAUAGCAAUGAGGAGAGGAAUGAUGUUGUGGAGGGACUUGGCACUCGCAUUCAGGACCUCAAUACAGUGCUCCACAGGACAGAGGACUACCUGAGACAGGUCCUGAACAAGGCCUCAGAGUCUGUCUACAUCUGGGUCAUCCAGGUCAAGAAGAUGAAGGCCAUCUACUACAUCCUCAACUUGUGUAGCUUUGAUGUCACGAACAAAUGUCUGAUUGCUGAGGUGUGGUGCCCUGUCAAUGACCUUCCCACCCUGCGGAGGGCACUAGAAGAAGGCUCGAGAAAAAGUGGAGCAACAGUUCCUUCUUUUGUCAACCGCAUCCCAAGCAAUGACACUCCUCCGACUCUAGUAAGGACCAACAAAUUCACCUCUGGCUUCCAAAAUAUUGUGGAGGCCUAUGGAAUAGGCAACUACAGAGAGGUUAACCCAGCUCCCUACACAAUCAUCACCUUCCCAUUCCUGUUUGCUGUGAUGUUUGGGGACCUGGGCCAUGGGCUGAUCAUGGCUUUAUUUGCUUUCUGGAUGGUGUUGUAUGAGAAUAAUCGCAAACUGAAACGCACCAGGAAUGAGAUCUGGAACACGUUCUUUGAAGGCCGUUACAUCAUCUUGAUGAUGGGCCUGUUCUCAAUCUACACUGGCCUUAUCUACAAUGACUGCUUCUCAAAGUCACUUAACAUCUUUGGUUCUGGCUGGAGUGUCCGUGCCAUGUUCAAUGCCGGUGUGUGGAAGGAUGCUGUCAAAACCAAUCGUUUUCUAACUUUGGAUCCAAAUGUAACAGGAGUUUUCAAUGGGCCUUAUCCUUUCGGAAUCGACCCAAUCUGGAACCUGGCUUCCAACCGCCUCACUUUUCUAAACUCCUAUAAGAUGAAGAUGUCAGUGAUCCUGGGUAUCAUACACAUGAGCUUUGGGGUAAUCCUCAGCAUCUUUAAUCACUUGCACUUUAGGAAGAAGUACAACCUCUACUUGGUAUUUCUUCCUGAGCUCCUCUUCCUGCUAUGUCUGUUUGGCUACCUGGUGUUUAUGAUAUUCUACAAGUGGCUGGCCUUCUCUGCUCAGAAUUCCAGACUGGCCCCAAGUAUCCUCAUCAACUUCAUAAACAUGUUCCUCAUGCAGGGGGACGCAGUGCAGCCCCUCUACCCAGGACAGACUGGGCUACAGGCAUUCCUGUUGGUUAUUGCUUUGCUCUCUGUGCCUGUCUUGCUGCUGGGGAAACCUCUCUACCUAUACUGGCUUCACAACGGCGGCGGCCGCCUAGGAAUGUACAGGGGGUAUGAGCUUGUGCGACGCAGCAGUGAGGAGGAGCUGUCACUCAUGAGGGCUCACAACUUGGAGGAGGGUAGCAGCCACAGUGAUCUCUCCACCAGUAGAGAGCACCAGACAGAAGAGUUUGAAUUUGCAGAUGAGUUCCUGCAUCAGUCCAUCCACACUAUAGAAUAUUGCUUGGGCUGCAUCUCCAACACAGCCUCCUACCUUAGACUCUGGGCUCUGAGCUUGGCACAUGCCCAGCUGUCAGAGGUGCUUUGGGCAAUGGUGAUGCGAGUAGGGCUGCGGAUGGGUACUAGUCUGGGUAUCCUGUUCCUGGUGCCAGUGUUCGGCCUUUUUGCUGUUCUCACCGUGUCUAUCCUCCUAAUAAUGGAGGGGCUGUCUGCCUUCCUUCAUGCACUCAGGCUGCAUUGGGUGGAGUUUCAGAAUAAAUUCUACAGUGGCUCUGGAAUCAAGUUUUCUCCCUUUGCCUUCUCCCUACUGCCCUCCAGCUUUGAGCAGGAUGGCUUGCUGUGAAGGAAGCCCUAGGUCACCUUAUUCAGUGGCAAACAGCCAAAAUGUGCCAACAGGGUUGAGUGCAUCUGGAGACCAUGUCCAGUGAUCAGAUUAUUUUCUUCAGUUUGUUAUUAUUAUUUUUAAUAAUAAGCUUUUCAAAAGUGGUGAUUUAAAACUGCUGUAUAAGCUUAAGAAACCUUCUUAAACGCAGGCAAAGGACUGCAAUGUCUCACUCACACACAAUUGCUCAGAGCUCUUGUUGCUUAAGGUGACUUCAGUGAACACAGGCAAUAGAGUGAUAGCUAAGAGAUUUUUUUCUUUUUUAACUUACGGCUGAUCAUUCUAGUUCUUGUGUCUGUAUGAUGUUUAACGCUGUAGUUAUCACACUAUUGAGACACAAGGUAUUAGUAAAUGUUUCAAAACAGCACAUUUGGGAUGGUCAAAAUGUGAAUUUGAAAAGCAUUCAUGUAAUUUAUUUCCUGUAUAGGUGAUUUUCUUCAGAGGCAUGAUUUUGCUUCUUUUUUUUUUCCAAAAAUGGUUGAUAAGGUUACUGGAGAUCUUACAGCUAGCCUAAUGUACAGUUCAGUUUCUUAGUUGAUUUUCCACUUGUUGCACUGACUGCCUUAUAGACUUACAACCAAAAUGACAGCAUAUCAUCCUUCACUUUUCCUUUAUAUUUUAGGCCAAAAAGCAAAACAUUGCAAAAGAGUGUUUGACUUUUCAAUGUUGAAAAGUGUUUUGGCGUGAAUGUGAUAAAAGAUGUAUAUACUUUUAUAAAGCGAUUGUUUUAAAAACGGUUUUUUUUAGCUCUGUAUCAAUAUAAAUACUGUCCAAUAUGUGAUAAACUUUCUGCUGACAUAUUCUCAGUGUUGCCUAUGCAUCCAUCGUAUUAUGGGAGCCUUUUCACAUUCCUUGGAAUCCUUGGACUAGAUUUUAAUUGACACUGUUCUGCUGGUUGAGAGCCCUUUAUAUAGCCAGUGGUUGGUAAGGAAAAGUCACAAGAAUAGAAAUUUAUGAGGCCUUAUUAUUAAAAGUGCUAUGGUUUGAUUGUACUUAAUUGUAUCAGUGUUGAAUUUCAUAGUAAAAAUCCAUUGCAUUUGUUGUAUUGGAUAACAGUCUUGAAAAUUGAAUUAGAAUCUUCCUAAGGAAAGCGGAGUUUGUUCAUUUUUAAUUGUGAUCAGCAUACUGAAUACUUAUGGGGUGCCUGCACCAUUUCUCUGGAAAUAGAAUUUUCUGCAGUAAUCCAACAGCAAGGUACUUAUGCACAGUUUUCAGAGACUUAUUGUGGUUAAAGUUCUGUUUAGGAACAAGAUUUUUUUCAAAAAUGUGUGGUUAAUUUUUUUUUUUUAAAUGGGUGAAUGAUCUGUGAUGAGGAACUGUUUGCCUUCCUGCUCUUUAAUCAUCAACAGUCAUGGUGUUAGUUGAAAGGGUCUUGAAAUUGUUACAUUUGUUGUCAUCCAGCCCUAAUCAGGUAACUUAUUUUAAUAUUCACAGGGAUAUUUUCUGUUUGUUCUUUUUUGGUUUUUGUGUAGGCACAAACACUUCUAAUUUUGUUGAUACAUUCCUUUAGUUUGGUUAUAUUAUGUUAAAGUUAAAAUACACAUGUA